UGUUCUUUUGCUCUCCCUUCCGGCGCGCGAAGCGUUAGCGCCCUAACGACUCCCGUCGUCUACCUCGACGUCGCGUCAGCCGCGCCCCUUCCGCGAGGCAGCGCGGCCAAUCGGGGCUCCCGCCGUAAGGGCCUCGCGCCGUCUUCGCGAGCGGAGCACAUCGUGAGCGGUCGGCCGGCAUCAUGAGCGGAGGCCUGGGCGGGAUGACGGCGGAGCAGCUCUUGCAGCAGAGGCUCCUCCGGAGCCGCCUGCGAGGCGCGCAGCACCCGGGCCUGUCGGUCGGCGGCCCGCUCCCACCGCCGCUGCUGCAGCCCGCCCCGCCUUGCCUGCUCUCGCCUCCUUCGCCGCCCGACUCGCCCCCGCCCGGCACGACGCCCGCCGAGAUCCCCGCCGGCCCGCGCUACCCCAGCGAGACUUGGUGCUCCUUGUGCCGCGUCUACUGCCCGGAUCCGGUGUGCCUCCCUUGCGGGCACAACUUCUGCACCGGCUGCAUCGGGCAGCGCCUGGGCGAGCCGAAGAUCAACAUCUCCUGCCUGGAGUGCGGCGCCAGCGCCCGCAAGAGGAACCUCCGGCCCAUCAAGCCGCCGCCGCUGCUGGCCAACCUGGUGGUGGAGAGGCCCAAGCGGCAGAGGCUCGACUCCUUUCCCGGAGCCGCGGCGGCGGCGGCCGUAGCCACGGUAGUCGCCCCGCCGAGCGUAGGAGUAGCACCCGCGGCGCCGUCGCCGGUGGUGACUGCCCCGACCAUCGUGCCGCCGGCGCCCGUCGUCGCCAAGCCCGCGACCCCGCCACCUCGGGCCCCAACGCCGCCGACCCCUCCGCUGCUCCCUGCUCCCUCGCCGUCCCCGGCCGCCCCGUCCACGCCGCCCCCGGCCCCUCUCCCCAUUGCCUCCCCAACAGGGAAAAGGGCGCCCGUCGCCCUCGGAGGGGCUGGAGAUGGGAGCGGAGAGAGGCUGUGCGAGAUCCACCAGGACGUACUGCAGUUCUUCUGCGAGGAAGACCAAACGCCGAUCUGCGCGCACUGCGACCGAUCCCAGGAGCACCGCGCUCACACCAUCUUCCACGUCGAGAGGGCAGCCCGGGAUUACAGGCCAUUUUUAUUUAUUCAGGAGCGGGUUAAGGCACAAUUAGAAUCCCUGAAGCAGGAAAAGAAUGAACUGUGGAAUCAGAAGCUGACAGGCGAAAAGAAAAUCCAAGAAUACACGGAAAAGGUUCAAACUGAAAGGAAGGACAUCGUCACUGAAUUUGAACAGCUACAUCAGUUCCUGAAAAAACAGGAGGAACGCCUGCUGACCCAGCUGGAAGAGCUAGAUAAAGACAUAGAGAAGCAGAAAGACGACAUGAUGACCCAAAUCUCAGAGGAACUUUCUCGCAUUGGCGAUGUCAUCACUGAGAUGGAGGUGAAGUGCAAGCAACCGGCGAGUGAGUUUUUGCAGAUGUACUUCCAGGUCCCUCAGCCUGACCUGAAGGCUGUUGAGAAGCUGGCCUGGAUGACCCCAUUCCUUCAGGUUCAUGUCGGGACCCAUCGGGUAUGGCUGCCAUGCAGACCUCUACAAACAUCCGAUGUUCCACCUCAGGGAUCACAGGACAUUAAAAAAAACCUGGCCAGAUGCACCGCAGAACAGUUCCCAUCAGCUGAGGAGGCGACAUCCAAGCUGGGAGACCGACUGGAGCUGUUGUCACGAAAAGGGGUGGUUCUGAAGAAAACGAUGAAUAGAUUUCAAGAUAAUGUGACAUAUGCCAUCGAGAGAACAGAAACUUUGAGAUCACUGAAUGAUAAAGGAAUUCCAACUCUUGAUCCGGAUUUCUCAAGUGCUCUUCUGCCCCUGGACCAAAGAAAUGCAGGAGACGGAGAAUCUCAGCACAGGCUGCCUGCCUUACAUUAUGUCCCUGACACUCCCCAAAGAUUGGAUUCCAGGGCUCUGGUUCUGGGCUGUGAUGGGUUCACCUCUGGGAGAUACUUUUGGGAAUUGGAAGUGGGCGAUGGGGAAUUCUGGGCAGUGGGAGUCACCCGAGAUCCUUCCAAGAAGAAGGGGAUGAUGGACUUCAGCCCAGAGGAGGGGAUCUGGGCUGUGGGGCUGUGGAAGGGCCAACAUUGGGCCCUCACUUCCCCUGUUACGGCCUUGUCCCUGAGCAAACACCCCCAAAGAAUCCGAGUGUCCUUGGACUACGUGGGGGAAUGUGUGACCUUUACCGAUGCAGACACGGAGGACCCCAUCUUCACGUUCCCACCAGCUUCUUUUAAUGGGACACGUGCCCAUCCUUUGCUGUGGGUAGUAGGUUUUCCAGCCCAGACUGUGUUUCUGAGGCGUAUGGGUGUAAAAUACCCAGUUGAGGUACACGAAAUGGAUAUAAUAAGUCCAUAAUUUUUAGUUAUCCGUAUAACCCAGAGAAAAAUUACAGAUCACUAAACCUGCCAGAUCAAAGCAGGGUGUUGAACCAUUUUGAUUUAAUGAAAUUGGAAAGAUUGUUUGUUUUCUCUCUGCCUUGUGUACUGCAGAAUGUGAUACGGAAGCAGAACGGCUCUCCUUGCACACCAAGGCCUUAAGACUGUUGCCCUGGGGAACAAUGGAAGAAUUAAAAAAAAAAGUAGGCUGGCUUGGCCUUCCUGGCAUAAUAUCCCUUUUAUAGGACAUCCUCUUUUACCAAGGGAUCAAGAUGACCCCUUUCUAGCGCUAGGCUCGAACUUUUUCGUUUUGAAAAAUAAAAAAAAUAGCUAUUAAAUUUUGCAUUUUUAGCUCCUCUUCAAUCAGUUCGCAUUUUAAUGAUUUUUCUUUAAAAAUGAGUGCAUGUGUUUUGGCUGCAGUACCUGGCAACAUGUUUUCCUUUGAAAGGAAAGGCUUUAACUCUGUCCUUGGUGAUGAAAAAUAUUUUUGAGUACCAUACGUAAAUUUGGCCAUCCUAAAUUGAAGCACUGAAGUCUUGGCAUCUAUGAUGGCAGUUUUGACUGGACCGUCCUUCCUCUACCAGGGGUAGUCAAACUUGGCUCUUUUAUGACUCGUGGACUUCAACUCCCAGAAUUCCUGAGCCAGUCCACGAGUCAUAAAAGAGCCAAGGUUGACUACCCCUGCCCUACACUGUAGGUUCUUGUCUUCUCUGUUGCUGCCGUUCUCUGAAACUUGAUAAUAAUCUUCCCUGUCUUCAGUCUGAUCCUGGAGAUGCAAUGGACAGAAGUUUGUGUCCUAAUGAUAAUCUGGAUGCUCUGAUUUUAAAGAUGAAAUGCAAUGUCUGAAAGAUACGUAAAAAGAACCCUGGGGUUAUGGUUGAUGCCUACGGAAUAUACAAAUCAUAAUAAAGACUGUUAGUAUGUUCUUUGGUAUAUUUCAUAUUCUGUUUUUGUAGCGUCUCUUCUGUAUCCAUAUUUUUUUUUUUUGUAAAAUUUUGCCAUGUCUGCUCAUUGAGCACAGCAUGUUUCUGUAAGAAGGAGCAAGUACCCAAAAUAAAGCUGUGGGUUUUUAAAAUCAUAA